AUGAUCAGAGAGACCAGGACUGUGCAGAGUAAAGUGCAGAGUAAAGUGCAGAGUAAAGUGCAGAGUAAAGUGCAGAGUAAAGUGCAGAGUAAAGUGCAGAGUAAAGUGCAGAGUAAAGUGCAGAGUGAAGUGCAGAGUAAAGUGCAGAGUGAGGUGCAGAGUAAAGUGCAGAGUAAAGUGCAGAGUGAAGUGCAGAGUAAAGUGCAGAGUGAAGUGCAGAGUAAAGUGCAGAGUGAGGUGCAGAGUAAAGUGCAGAGUAAAGUGCAGAGUGAAGUGCAGAGUAAAGUGCAGAGUGAAGUGCAGAGUAAAGUGCAGAGUAAAGUGCAGAGUGAAGUGCAGAGUAAAGUGCAGAGUGAAGUGCAGAGUAAAGUGCAGAGUGAAGUGCAGAGUAAAGUGCAGAGUGAAGUGCAGAGUAAAGUGCAGAGUGAGGUGCAGAGUAAAGUGCAGAGUAAAGUGCAGAGUGAAGUGCAGAGUAAAGUGCAGAGUGAAGUGCAGAGUAAAGUGCAGAGUGAGGUGCAGAGUAAAGUGCAGAGUAAAGUGCAGAGUGAAGUGCAGAGUAAAGUGCAGAGUGAAGUGCAGAGUAAAGUGCAGAGUAAAGUGCAGAGUGAAGUGCAGAGUAAAGUGCAGAGUGAAGUGCAGAGUAAAGUGCAGAGUGAAGUGCAGAGUGAAGUGCAGAGCGAAGUGCAGAGUAAAGUGCAGAGUAAAGUGCAGAGUAAAGUGCAGAGUAAAGUGCAGAGUAAAGUGCAGAGUAAAGUGCAGAGUAAAGUGCAGAGUAAAGUGCAGAGUGAAGUGCAGAGUAAAGUGCAGAGUAAAGUGCAGAGUGAGGUGCAGAGUAAAGUGCAGAGUAAAGUGCAGAGUGAAGUGCAGAGUAAAGUGCAGAGUGAGGUGCAGAGUGAGGUGCAGAGUAAAGUGCAGAGUGAAGUGCAGAGUAAAGUGCAGAGUAAAGUGCAGAGUGGGUGCAGAGUAAAGUGCAGAGUAAAGUGCAGAGUGAAGUGCAGAGUAAAGUGCAGAGUGAAGUGCAGAGUAAAGUGCAGAGUGAGGUGCAGAGUAAAGUGCAGAGUAAAGUGCAGAGUGAAGUGCAGAGUAAAGUGCAGAGUGAAGUGCAGAGUAAAGUGCAGAGUAAAGUGCAGUGAAGUGCAGAGUAAAGUGCAGAGUGAAGUGCAGAGUAAAGUGCAGAGUGAAGUGCAGAGUGAAGUGCAGAGUGAAGUGCAGAGUAAAGUGCAGAGUAAAGUGCAGAGUAAAGUGCAGAGUAAAGUGCAGAGUGAAGUGCAGAGUAAAGUGCAGAGUAAAGUGCAGAGUGAGGUGCAGAGUAAAGUGCAGAGUAAAGUGCAGAGUGAAGUGCAGAGUAAAGUGCAGAGUAAAGUGCAGAGUAAAGUGCAGAGUGAAGUGCAGAGUAAAGUGCAGAGUGAAGUGCAGAGUAAAGUGCAGAGUAAAGUGCAGAGUGAAGUGCAGAGUAAAGUGCAGAGUAAAGUGCAGAGUGAAGUGCAGAGUGAAGUGCAGAGUGAAGUGCAGAGUAAAGUGCAGAGUAAAGUGCAGAGUAAAGUGCAGAGUAAAGUGCAGAGUGAAGUGCAGAGUAAAGUGCAGAGUGAAGUGCAGAGUAAAGUGCAGAGUAAAGUGCAGAGUAAAGUGCAGAGCAAAGUGCAGAGUGAAGACCUGCUCUGA